AUGCGUUGUGUGUGUGUCUUUGUCUUCGUGCUCUGUGGCGCUGCUCUUCAGGUGUCGGCUGCUGCUGCUGCUCCACAAGCAGCGGACACAAGCAGUGCGGCGACGGAGGCCAAGGAGGCGGUGAGCUUGGUGGUGGUGAAGGUGAAGGAGGCCGUGAAGGCGGUUAAAACAGCGCGGGAUGCGGCAUCGAAGGUCAAGACGGUGGCGGAGAAAGCGAAGAAGUCGGUCGGUGAGGCAGAAGCGCCUGUGAAGAGCAUCGAAGUCAAGUUGAAGGCGGUGAAGACAGCGGUGGACACCCCCAAGAACGAAAACGCGAACACCGCUCCAGAGGGUCUGGCCCGUGAAAUUGAUGGUGUUGAAAAGGUUGCCCUGGACGCGAUGCGAAAUUCUUUUGCAGUGAAGAAAAAUAUAGUCAAUGUGGAGUCGGUCGGUAAGGCACUGGAGGACGCUAAGGCGGCACUGACGACUGUGAAAGAUACUGCAGGCAAGGCCGCUGCUGUUGUUGCAGGUAAGCCGACGGAGGCCACGAAGUCACUUGCGGAGGUAGUAAAAGAGUUGGAGGCUGCAAAGACGACUAUUGAGAGCGCCGAGGGGAGCGUCAGGACGGCGUCGCUAAAAGCCACGCUGGGGAAAGACAAAGCGACCGCUGCAGGAUGGAGUGUGCGUGACGUGCUGUAUCAAGUAAGGAUCAUUGGCCUAUACAGACGGAAGACAGAGCCAUCCUCCAAAGUAAUUGAUUAUAACGAAAGCGAGGCGAAAACGAUGAGCGUUGGUGCUGUGAAAAGCGCAGGGGAGGCCGUUGCCAACAUUGCUCUUGCACGCAGCAACGCCAUGGAGGCAGAGGGGUUGGCUGAUGCUGCGUUGAGUGAUAUCGAGAAGACCGCGGCAAGUGUCGAUUUGGCGCUGAAGUCCGCCGAGGCCGCGGUGCUGGCACUCGAGGAGGCAACGCGGUCCAUGAAGACGGACGCCGCAACGGGUGCGAACGCCGACAGUGGGUCCCAGCUGCCCGAUACCGACGUGAAGGCUGAGCAACUCACCACAGAAGAGAAAUCCGAGGAGCUCCCCGCCGAAGGGAAAUCACAGCAACCCAUCAACGACGUAAAUCCCCUCCCGCGCAAGAGCGAGGGAGAAUCAAAGCAGCCCAAUGCCGAGGGAACAGAGCUGCAGUCUAAUGCCCACGAGAAAUUACCAAAGAGUGCCACCGCUGGGGAAGCGCCUCUCUCUCGCGUUGUGGACGGCAGCGACAGCCCUUCAUGGGUUCGUGUUCCGUUCAUGAUGCUUCUGCUGGGGGCGAUGGCAUCUCUUGCAGUGUGCUGA